AUGAUACAGCAGGCGAAAGAAGAAGAUCAAGGGAAGUAUGAAUGUGUUGCAAGGAAUAUUCAUGGUGUUGCACAUUCUAAAGCUGCUCAUUUAUAUGUUAAAGUUCGACGAGUACCGCCAUAUUUCUCAUAUAAACUUGAACGCUUAUAUAAGAUAGCGCCAGGUGGUGCGCUUAAUUUAACUUGCGUUGCGGUCGGAUAUCCAAUGCCACGGGUAUUCUGGAAAAAAUCCGAUGAUACAUAUCUUAACGAUCCACAAGCUGCACCAAUUGGCCGAAAUGUGCUAACAUUGACAAGGAUUGAGAAAACGGAGAAUUAUACAUGUGUUGCAGUUAGCAAACUUGGUAAUAUCGAAGCAAUGACAACUGUUGAAGUGAAAUCAUUACCUCGUGCUCCACAAAAUUUACAAGUGUCUGAUGUAACACCAAAUAGUGUUCGCGUGAGCUGGGAUCCGGUGUAUAUUGAAGCGGAACCAGUUAAAAAAUAUAUCGUCAAGUAUCGCCAAAAGUAUGAUGAAGGAUCAUCCAAGCAGAUAGAAGUGAGUGCAAAUAUCACCACGACUGUUAUUACCGAAUUGGAACCUUAUCAGUUAUACGAAAUCACAGUAUCAUCUGUUAAUGUGAUUGGCCGUGGUAUUGCAAGUUUGCCAAAGGAAGUGCAAACGAAUGAAGCAGAGCCAAGUAGUCCACCACGGAAGGUACAGGCUCGGGCAUUAAGCCAAAGUUCCAUUUUAAUUCGCUGGGAACCACCGAAAAAACCAAAUGGACGGAUUACGGGAUAUACUAUUUACUAUACCAAUAUGGAACCAACAACACCAUAUUCUUUAUGGAAAAUACAAGAAAUUAAAUCGGAUGAGUUAAUUGCGACAAUAAUAAAUUUGAAAUCUGAAAGUAUUUAUUACAUUCGUGUACAAGCACGAAAUGCUAAAGGAUUAAGUCCAAUGUCACAGCCUGCAACCGUUUUCACACGACAAGGAAUUCCGGGACAACCAGCAAGUCUUACAGCAAAAGUUCUCGAUUCGAAUCGAGUUCAACUUACAUGGGAGAAACCGCUACAUUCAUAUAAUGUUAUCGGUUAUUCAAUUCAUUUUAAUGCAUCAACCGGAAAUAGUGGAGAGUUAACACUUACAAUACCGGUAGAAAAACAUAUCAUCGAUGGUUUAAUUCCUGACACCUUUUACUCUUUCCGGAUAGCAGCUCAAUCAGAGAGAGGUAUUGGUGCAUUUUGCGCUGAUGUUACUGUUAAAACACAUCCAAAUGUUCCAAUAGUUUCACCGAAAAUUAUUUUACUAAAAGCGCUUUCAUCACAAUCUUUAUUUAUUCGUUGGAAAGCGCCGCAACUGUUAGAAUAUGAUCAGAAAGAUAAAAUUCGAAAUUAUCUGAUACGUUGGCGUCCAAUUUUGGUAAAUAACGAAACGGAUAAUAAUAAAAUAUGGCAAAGUGAUGAAGAUGAUGAAGAACUAUCAUCCGGAAAAAGUGAAAAAAACGAAAAACAAUGGCUGGAAAUUAUUCAUGAUGCUGUAUUAGAUAAUAGCGCAAUUAUCAAAGGAUUAAAUCCGCAUACGCUGUAUGAAGUAAACAUUGCAGCCGGUACUGAUAUGGGUUACGGACCGGGAUGUGAACCGGAACAAGCGCAAACCGAUGAAGAUG